AUGGUCUUCGUCAAGCACAAGAGCCUCCGGCAGCAACUUCUCAGCUUGCAAGAGCGCCAUCGCAUUGCUGUCCAGAUAAAGACUCUCAAACUAAGAGUCCAGGAGGUGAGCCAAAGUAAUAAGAGGUACAGUGCCAUCAAUCUCACACCAUCCACCUCCAGUAAUGUGAUAGGUGACACAGAGUUCACCCGGAAUUUCGCGGCUUUAAAUGUUGAGGAAUCCCAGCUUGUUGGUUUGGAUGAGCCGAAGAAGAAACUGAUGGAAUUAAUAGGCAAAUUGAAGGAACCCAAGGAACAUGAAACCUCCAAUGCUGGUCCAAGAGUGGUAUCCCUUGUUGGGAUGGGCGGCCUCGGCAAGACAGCUCUCGCCAAGAAGGUGUUUGAUAGCAAGGAUCUUAGUGACAUGUUUGGCACCCGUGCUUGGACCACAGUGUCACAGUCGUUUGACCAAAAGGAGAUUUUUAAGGAGAUGGUGAAGCAACUCUUUGGAGCUGAGUCAUUGAACAGGCUCUUCAAAGAUCAACAAGGGCAGGAAGGACUGGAAGUACAUCUUGCUGACUACAUAUCCAAAAGACUUCAGGAAACAAGGUACCUUAUUGUUUUGGAUGAUGUUUGGACCAUUGAUGCAUGGAACCUCAUUAAGGUUACUUUCCAAUAUAGUGGUAAGAAUGAUAGUUGUGUGGUAGUGACUACAAGGAAUCAUACAUUAGCUGAAUACUGUAUUAGUCACCCAUCGCACAUCCACCAACCUGAAUUCCUAGGGAAAGAAGAGGCUAGAACCUUGUUUCUAAAAAAGACAAAGAGAAGUCUUGAUGACCUAGAGAAAGGUGACAAAACCAAAGGAAUAAUUGAAAAAAUAUUGCACAAAUGUGGUGGACUACCACUUGCUAUUCUGACAAUUGGAGCCCUACUUGCCAAUAAGGACACAGAGGAGUGGGAGAGUAUAUACAAGCAACUCCCCUGGGAUCUUGCAACUAAUCCAAGCCUUGAUGCGCUAAGUAUCUUUCCUGAAGAUUUUGAGAUUGAAAGAAAACACCUAGUGAAUAGGUGGGUAGCUGAAGGGUUGGUAGCAGAUGACACAAGUACAAGAACACUCGAAGAAGUUGCUGAAAAUUACUUCUAUGAGCUCAUCAGCCGGUGCAUGAUUCAACCAUCUAAGUUAGAUAAUAUGGGGAAGGUGAAAACAUGCAGAAUUCAUGACAUUGUGCAUCAUAUUGCGGUGUCAAUCUCAAAGCAGGAGAACUAUGCAUUCAUACAUGGAGAACACACCUCCAACAUAGCAACAAGAGUUGGUAUAGUAUCCGGCAUCUGUCAUGUGUUGCUUGCAGGAAACUGA